GCGAACCGGAUGCUGCACUCAGUACGUCGCGAAUCGUAAGUCAGUGCAGUUGCUGGGCAACUAACGUAGGACGAAAACAAGAGCGAAGCUGAGAGUGGUGUGCAGUGGAUGAUAUCUAGGUGCUCUAGUUGACAAUUCGAAGAAAAAAAAAUGGAAAACAAAAGUUUUGUACCAGAUAACAUCCCACCAGCAGAUCUCAAAAAGAGUUGGCAUAUCCCAAGGCCCACACUAGCUCGAGAUUCGCCAAAAUCGCCGGAAUCUUCGAGUACAAAUAGUAGCCAUAGUGCUAGAUCAGGCUCGCUUCUACUGACGGCAGCCAAUUUGGCUCAGGUCCAAAAGGCAGAAUUGACGAAAGAGGCAGGUAACAGUACCAGAGAUCAAAACAUACAGUAUUACCUGGACCAAUUUCCACAAAACGAAAAUUUCCCUGGAUUGGUCCCCAAAAAGCAAGAUCCUGACAGCGCUUCUUUAGCAAGCUCUACACAUUUCACCGUUGUGAAUAUACAUACUAGACCACCUAAACCAAGAAGUUUUUGCAGAAAACAUCAAUUGACUGUCCUUGUUGUUACUAUGUCGACGCUUUUCACAAUUGGAAUCAUGGCUGCCAUUUGGUUUUUAGAAAAACGAGCCCAACAAAGAAGAUUACAAUGGUCAUAGUGAAUAGGAGACGAUCUCUAAGUUUCUUAAUGUUUUGUUUUAUUUAUUUCUGACAUCUCCACUGGUGGAGCCUUCAUGUAAAAUAUAUCAAUUAAUCUUCUGUGAUAUUUUAAGAAAUUUUAAGUGUGUUUAGUUUUAAAAAAAAUAAUGUAUUAUUUGCUGUAAAAUUGAAACCUCCAGCAUAUUUUAAAAAAACACAUGUAGAUCAACUUAACCUUAUUUAUAUAUUUAUUUGGAUUGGGCAACUGAAAUAAAGUUACCUUGUUAAAUAA